AUGUCAACAACAACAAGUGAUCCUACUAAUUCUUAUACUCCUCCUGUGCUCCCCGCUCUUGUAAAGUACCCUUCGUCAAUUGAAAGUGUCAAUUCAUCGUCGGUUGCUACCCCGUCUUCGAAUGACGAACCUUUCUUUUAUGAUCUUAUUGAGGAGCCAAUAGAAAUAGACGACGGGAAAGGAGAAACAAGUGUAUCAGCAGCAGGGACAGUUGCAUGUUUGUCUGGUAAAAACAAGGAAAAUCUUAAGACGCUUAAAGAGGAGGCAUUCGCCAGCUACGAUGAAAUAGUCAACCAAGGUCGCGUUCAACGCUUAAACUUCCUCAUCGAGAAAUCAUCACUAUACGCGAACUUCCUCGCACAAAAGAUGGAAGCACAAAAACAAGCAUUGCUGGAACAAGCUACCGAACAAGAACGAAAACGUGUUGCUAAAGAAUUGAAGAACCAAAAGGCUGCUGCAUCUGCAGUUAAAAAUAGUGGUGUUAAUGGUCCAAGUUGUCGUACCAGAAGUGGUGGCGCUGGCGGGAGCAAGCAACAAGAUGAAGCUUCUUCCAGUAAGACUACUAAAACUGGGACUAAACGUAAAACUAAUCCAUCGACCGAAGCAAAUUACUAUCUUGGUGAUUAUGUCAAUAGUGAAGAUUUGGCAAAACGCCGAAAACAUGAUGAUUCUGAUACGACAUCUGACGAGGGUGAAUCCAUUACGCGUAAUAUCAAACCUACUCCGUCUAUUCGACAACCAAGACUCGUCACUGGUGGUAUCCUACGUGAUUAUCAGUUGGCGGGCUUUGAAUGGUUGGUCAGCUUAUACGAUAAUGGAUUAAACGGUAUCUUGGGAGACGAGAUGGGAUUGGGCAAGACUCUUCAAACGAUUGCGUUCUUUGCAUUUCUGUGGGAACGUAAAAUCUACGGGCCGUUUCUGGUCGUCGCCCCCGUUUCUACUCUCGCGAAUUGGGUUAGUGAAUUCAAUCGAUUCACACCUACUCUACCUGUUGCACUAUACCACGGCUCGCCUGAGUGUCGUGCCCAUCUUCGUAAUACUCGUAUGAUAAAAGGAAAUGUAGACAAAGUAGACGCAAAGUUCCCGAUCGUGGUCACUAGUUAUGAGAUUGCUAUGAGAGAUCGCAAGUAUUUACAGAAACUUAAUUGGAAAUAUUUAGUCAUAGACGAAGGCCAUCGAAUCAAGAAUUAUAAUUGUAAAUUGUUGAAAGAGCUCAGAUUGUAUAGUUCGGCAAAUAGGCUGUUGUUAACUGGAACUCCUCUACAGAAUAACUUGGGCGAGCUAUGGAGCUUACUUAACUUCUUGUUACCUGAUAUAUUCGACGACUGGGACACUUUUCAGAAAUGGUUCGACUUCUCCGCGUUAAACGAAAAGAAUGGUGAAAAGAAAAUCCUUGAAAAAGAAGAGGAGAAUCUGCUCAUUACGAAUCUGCACAAGAUUCUUAAACCGUUCUUGUUGCGUCGUGUUAAAAGCGAUGUGGAGCAUUCUCUUCCUAAAAAAAGAGAGUACCUUGUAUACGCUCCGUUCACGCGGGCUCAAAAAGAAUUAUAUGACGCAAUCGUGAAUAAGAACAUUCGUUCGUUUCUUAUUAAGAAACAUGCCAAUUUACCACAAGAAAAUGACGCCGCUGGUGACGAUACUGAUGACCAUGACGUAACGGUGGACACUGCUCAAAACGAUGACGUGGACAACGAAGUAUACUCUGUUACUUUGAAUCGAAAAGCACGAAAAGUGGACCGUGUAAAUUACAAAGAAGACAUUGAUGACGAUGAAUAUUUUGAAUUGUUGGAGAAGAAAGCGUUUGAAGCUGAAGAAAAAGCAAAAGCUUCCCAAGAUAGCAAUAAUCCCGAAUAUGUUAAGCUUCUAGCUACCAAAAAAGUCAACGCCAUGAAACUUCAAAACACAAUCAUGCAACUCCGCAAAGUAUGCAAUCACCCGUACCUUUUCAACUGGCCCAUCAAUGCAACAACUAAAGAACCGAUAGUCUCCGAUGACUUGGUACACACUUCAGGAAAGAUAAUGCUUCUCGAUCAACUGUUAACCGUGUUGCUCGAGCGUCAACAUAAAGUGCUCGUUUUUUCGCAGUUCACCACAAUGUUAGAUAUUAUCGAGGAUUGGAUUACUAUUAUAAAAGGUUGGGAUAUUUGUCGGUUGGAUGGUGCGGUGAGUCAAGAAGAGCGUAGACGUCAGAUUCAAGAAUUUAAUACUAAACCUGAAAAAAAAGUCUUUAUCUUGUCGACUCGAGCGGGUGGUUUGGGUAUUAAUUUGACGGCUGCUGAUACUGUUAUUAUCUUUGAUAGUGAUUGGAACCCUCAAAUGGACUUACAAGCUCAAGACCGCGUCCACCGAAUCGGCCAAUCUAAACCCGUAAUCAUUUAUCGUCUCGUCACCGCCAACACCGUUGAGAGCAAGAUCCUUGAAAAAGCCUCUGCGAAACGUAAGCUCGAAAAACUCGUAAUCCACAAGGGCAAAUUCAAGUCGCCCUCACAAGUGCACGAAGCCACUGCAAGUUUAGCCGAGUUGGCCGAGAUCUUGAACGCUAACGAUAACGAGGUUAUACAGUGUGUGGAAAAGGGCGAUCUUGUGAUUCCCGACGACGAAUUGGAACGGAUUCUGGAUCGAAGUGAUAAGGCAUUUGAGAAGGCUGAGAAUGAGGUCGAUUCGCAGGAGGGCGCUACAUUCAAGGUUAUUAGAGAUAAGAAAGAUUGUGAGGAUACUUUGACGCAGAUGUGUAACUAA